GGAUAUACAGUGCUUCUUUUAGCUGUAUGUUGGAUUUGCUUUCGGAUAAAGAUGCGCUUUUUAUCUGGUCCACAGUGAAAAUUCCGAGACAAGUGCUUAGCCUUUUGAGGAUUUCUUGGUUUGCCAGUGUCGUGACGGUUUCUUCAUCCCUUUGAAAUCGUUUAUCAAUUCUUGAUGUGUUUUUGGGAAGCCCAGUAGUAUUAUAGUGAGAUUGUGUGUGCGCAGAUGGACUGUUGCAGUUGCAGCCUCUAUAUGUCGAUGGCAUAGCUAAGUGGAAGACAUGUCUUUUUCACUUGGAAUUUUCCAGUUCAAAUUGAUAUUGAGAGUUUGCGAAGAAGCUAUCGUUAUUGUUUAUGUUUGCCUUUUCUAUGUGAACUUACUGUUGGCGGUAAGUCGAGAAAAAAGUGUCAAGGUUUAGUAGGAAAUGGUCCUGAGCCGUGCCAAAUGAGUUGGAUCAUUGGGUUAAACCAAUUGCAGUUCGCCUAGAUGAACCGGUGUAUGUCUGAAAGCUGCCCAUUGCAGAAUUGCGGCUCUGCCUGGUUGGUGCAAUACCUUCUGAUUUCUUAAAAUGAAGUAGUCGAUGUUGCCUGGUCAAAUUGUCUUCGAUGUCCUGCAUGUCUAUCUCUUUCUGAAGAGAGUUGCCUACAAGGAAAAGUGGACACCGCUGUCUCUGCUGUUCAAGCCCCACCACAACGCGCUCACCGGGAAUUACGACAUUAACAUUCUUGUCGCCGCUCUGGAAGGUGAGGGGAAGAGGGUGGUGUGGCACGAUCACCGAAGCGGGGCCGCCGCGAUCGGUAUGGAGGAUUCGGAUGACAGAUUGAUGGGUCUUGUGCUCAAUGUUCCGGUUAGAAGGUAUGCCGGGCUCUGGCAAGGUAGGCAUUGGGUCACGGUUAGGGAGGUUGAGGCUAUUUGGUAUAAUUUGGACUGCGAUCUCAAUGUACCCUGUGCUUUUCAACACAUAGAAGUUAGGGAAUUCUUGGAUAAUGUUAUGGCCAACGGUGGGGAAGUUUUGCUGGUCCUGAACGAUGACCAUUGAAUUAGGGAAGUUCCGUCGGUUCUUGUUGUAAAGAAUUGAUACACACAGAGGUCGAAUUGUAAAUAGGAUACAUAGUGCUUCUUUUAGCUGUAUGUUGGAUUUUCUUUCGGAUAAAGAUGCACUUUUUAUGUGGUCCACAGUGAUAAUUCCGAGACAAGUGCUUAGCCUUUGAGGAUUUCUUGGUUUGCCAGUGUCGUGACAGUUUCUUUAUCCCUUUGAAAUCGUAUCUCAAUUUUUGAUGUGUUUUUGGGAAGUCCAGUAGUAUUAUAGUGAGAAUGUGUACGUGCAGAUGGACUGUUGCAGUAGCAGCCUCUAUUUGUCGAUGACGUACCUAAGUGGAAGACAUGUCUUUUUCACUAGAAUUUUCCAGUUCAAAUUGAUAUUGAGAGUUAGUGAAGAA